GUUUACAUCAUUUACACAUCGGUAACGAUACGAGGCACAUUCGGUCGACUUUCUUCUAAUAGAAGCGUAUCAAUCACUACUUAUUUGCAGAGAUGUAGCCGUUUUAUCUGUCUAACCGACCAGAGCGGUAAUAUCUUAUCGGUUUAAUGUAAUCUGUAAGCUUAAUUGUUUUACUUUUAGCAAAGUUAGUUGUGUAAUUUUUUAAUAUAUCUAUGUAGCAAAGUUAUAUGUUGUUGAGGUUUGCUUGUAAGUUUGCACAAAUUCAGCAUAGUAAAACGAUAAAAUGGGUCAUCUCAUGCGCAGCGCGCUCGUCAUCGGCCUCGGAAAAGACGACGAUGGUAAGUGGAAGAUCAAGUAGAAUGUCUCCAACUAUGUCUCGCCGACAGCCCAAUAGCGAUCGCGUCAGCUCAGCUCUGCUCACGCCGCAGCCACAUUUCGCUAUCAGUCGCAUUGGCAUGUCCCUUGACGAAGGCAGACAAUCGCAGAGGCCGUACAGAUAUGGCAUGGUGCUGCUCUGCGCCGGCGCACUGAUUAACUGGCUGGGUCUGGCUGAGGACUACGCAGAGCCUGUGCGCUACGUCGGCGUCGCGUGCAUCGUCGCCGGCGCAUUGCUCAUAUGUGCCGCCAUGUGCUGCUGGCUGCAAUCGCCGGCGAGGCAGCCGCAACACGACCGCACAUCUCCUGAUACUCAUCAAAUCGACGACCCUAUCCACGUAAUAUCAAUGCCAGAUGACGAGAGCAUGCAGCAGAAGCCGCCAGACUACGACACGGUGGCCGGCGCGCCGCCUACUUAUGACGACGCCAUCAAGCUGAACCCUGCGCGGCUGCUGCCUGCCACCAGCAGCGCGCGCCACGACCUCGUGCCGCUGCCCAUCCCCGGCCAGCUCGACGACGGCGCCCCCACCAUUCCGCACACGCAACACACCGCCAUCGCCCCCGUCCAUAGGUCGCAAGUCCCCAAGACACCGCCGCCGCCCUACAACCCCACACAUGCCAUCAGAUGAAAGCUCGGCUGGCACACUGUGUUACUUUAAAUCGACUGCUGUUUCAUGUGAUGAAUCUAGUUUGUAAUCGGACUAAAUACUAAUGUACGGAUCCACGUUACAUUUGUACAUGUUAUACAUAUCCACGCAUGAAACGAUUGAUUUUAUUUAAUUUUGUAGGAUGGAGAGAUAGAAGCGAUUGUACUUAUGUGAUAUUAUGAAAGUUGUAAUAUUUAGUUACUUAUUGUACCUAAUUGUACAUAAGAAUUGAGUUUUUGUAUAAAAUUUUUCUACUAGUGUGUAAGGUUUAUAAAUCUCUUCCAUUUGUUUGUUCCGGACACUUUUGCAGUUACAACAUGUGAAAAUAAAUGUUAAUAUUACCUACACUAUUUAGAUCAAUAGAUAUUUUCUCUAGUUACUGUAGAAGCACUGUGCCAUUCUUAUAACUUAGAUGUAUUUUCCUAUCAUUAAAGAUCAGUAGUUAUGAAAUCUUCCGACCGGUCCACGAGUGUUCAUCUCGUCGUAAUAAGUAGAUACCUAACGGUAACUGUUAUAAUAAAUCUGGUACUAUAACGUUUUAUACCUACAUAACUAAUGUAAAGUGAUAAUUUUUACUUCAAUGUGUAAGAACGCCGAAGGCGUUUAGCGAAAAAGUAAGAUAUUAGAUAUUGAUUGUUGUAACAAGAAUUCUGUAAAAUUCCGUUUAAUUUUUCGAGUCUAGUCUUCGAUUAACAGCAUCAAAUUAAUAACUGACAUAAUUAACUUCAUCGGACAUAUGUAUAUUCGUACAUAUUUUGAUUGCACAACUGGAAUUUAAUACAUAUAAUACAAUAUAAAAGUACUAUUGACCCGAACUUUGAGUUACCUAGGUGUAGAUAUUUUUAUUUGAAUAAUAAAGUAGGAAAACUUUAACUGUCAGACUGGUGGUUGACUGCUUAAAUUAUUAAAUUUACUAAAAUUUUCCUGAGUUCCUUUCAAAUUUAUGUGCAUUUUCACUUUCAUAUUGACAAUACGUGCAUGUUGACCGCAGUUGAUUUGAAGAAGACGAUUUGCAAUUUACGACUAUUACUGCGACACGUUUUGUGUGUUUUCGAUGUUGUUUACUACACCUAUAUUUUUACCUCACUUUAUCUUAUAUUUUUCGUUUUUUCACCAGUAACGUGUAGGUAUGAAUAGGAAGCGCCGCAAUCCCAUCAAAUCCCAUGAAGUUGGCCUAAAUGAAAAUUAUAGUUGAAUCAGGAAAGAAAUACCUAAGAGCUUUGUCAUAACUUAAAUAAUAAUGGGACCAAUACCUAGAAUAUUGUAAUUAUGUGUGCUUUUGCUAUCUGAUCAUUUUUAUUAAGCGUGCCUGCAAGUCUUUUAUUUAGAAUUUUACAAUGCUGAAGUUGUGCAUUUAUUAUUUGUACAUUGUACAAACUAAAGGAAAUUUAAAGUGUACAUACAAAAUAAAUGUUGUUGAAUACAUAA